UCCAUUCUUCUUCCAUAACUCUCACUUGUUCACUCUAAUAUCCUUAAUUUUGUAAACACUUUUUAAUUGAGAAUGUAAUGUGAUGAGACAAUAAUUUCAAGUUUAUCAUGGACAUUAUUUAACGAAGUAAUCACAUGACAAUCAUUCAUCAGUUAUAAAAGCAACAAACUAUUCUACAAUUAUUUCUGAUUAUGAUUUACAGUAGACUCAUUUGUAGGGACUGUGAUAGGAAUAUUUUGAUAUUCAACAUUAGUAUUAGUGGUCAGUAGAGGGCAGCAGAGCGUUAGAUUGCAACAAUACAUGAGAGAUCAACAAUUAACACAUAAACAUUAACACAAUAAUUUUAUAUGUGUGUAACAGACAUGUAUGUAAAGCUGGAACCUUCAUUUUAACAGCUCUUUCUCCUGCUUUGGUGCUUUCCCUCUCUUUCUCCCUCUGUUAGCCACUCCUACACUUCAGUUCAGUAAAAGUGAAACUCAUCACUACUUCCUGCUCAGUCUGGCGGUGGGAUUCAUGUGAUGGGUUUUGUGUUUUGUUUUGUUUUUUCUCUCUUUCUGUUUGUUUCUGUUUCUGAGGGCUCGACUGUCUGUGGUUCACUGUUUGUGCAGUAAAAAUGGCAGAAUCCAGUGUUUCUUUGGCUCAGGAUCAGUUCAGCUGUUCAAUCUGCCUGGAUCUACUGAAGGAUCCAGUGACCAUUCCCUGUGGACACAGUUACUGUAUGAGCUGUAUUACAGGCUGCUGGGAUCAGGAUGAUCAGAAGAGAGUCUACAGCUGUCCUCAGUGCAGACAGACCUUCACUCCAAGACCUGUUUUAGGUAAAAACACCAUGCUGGCUGAAGUGGUGGAGAAACUCAAGCAGACAAAACUACAAGCUGCUCGUCCUGAUCAAUGUUACACUGAAUCUGGAGAUGUGGAGUGUGACAUCUGUACUGGGGACAAAAACAAAGCCAUGAAGUCCUGUCUGGUGUGUCUGAACUCUUACUGUCAAAAUCACCUUGAACAACAUGAGACUUUCUUCAGAGGUAAGAGACACAAUCUAAUGGACGCCACUGGACGACUUCAGGAGAUGAUCUGCCCUCAACAUGAGAAACUACUGGAGAUUUACUGCCGUAGUGACAAAAAGUGCAUUUGUUUGCUUUGUUUGGUGGAUGAACACAGAAACCACGACACUGUAUCAGCUGCAGCAGAGAGGACUGAGAAACAGAGACAUUUAGAGGAAAUCCAGAGAAAAUUUCGCCAGAGAAUCCAAGAGAGACAAAAGGAGCUUGAGGAGCUGAGAGAGGCUGUGGAGUCUCACAAGCGCUCUGCACAGGCAGCAGUGGAGGACAGUGAGAGGAUCUUUACUGAGCUGAUCCACUCCAUUGAGAGAAGCCGCUCUGAGGUGACACAGCUGAUCAGAGAUCAGGAAAAGGCUGCAGUGAGUCGAACUGAAGAAAUACUGGAGCGACUGGAGCAGGAGAUUGAUGACCUGAGGAGGAGAGAUGCUGAACUGGAGCAGUUUUCACACAUAGACCAUCACAUCCAUUUCCUCCAGAGUUUCCAGUCUCUCUCUGUUCCUCCUGGAUCUACAGACUCAUCCAGCAUCACUGUCAGUUCUUGUCUCUCUUUUGAUGAUGUUGGUAAAUCUGUGUCUCAUCUGAGAGAGAAACUGGAGCAGUUCUGCAGAGAGGAGAUAGAAAAGAUAUCUUAUAUGGUAACAUACCUAGAGUUUGUAUCCACCCCUGAACCCAAGACAAGGGAGGAGUUUCUACAAUAUUCCCAUCGGUUCACCCUGGAUGCAAACACAGUGCAUAAAUACCUAUGUUUGUCCGAGGAGAACAGAAUGAUUACUGAAACUAACACAGACCAGCUGUAUCCUGAUCAUCCAGACAGAUUUGAUGGUCGUCCUCAGGUGUUGUGUAGAGGGAGAGUGUGUGGACGCUGUUACUGGGAGGUUGAGUGGAGUGGGAGAGGAGUGUGUAUAUCAGUGUCAUAUAAGAGCAUCAGCAGGAAGGGUCAGGGAGAUGAAUGUGCAUUUGGAUAUAAUGAUAAGUCUUGGAGUUUGUAUUGCUUUCCCUCCAGUUACUGCAAAUACUCAUUCUGUCACAAUUAUACAGAGACUGAACUCCCUUUAGCAGUCUCCAGCUCCUGUAGAAUAGGAGUGUAUGUGGAUCACAGUGCAGGAACUCUGUCCUUCUACAGCGUCUCUGACACAAUGACCCUCAUUCACAGAGUCCACACCACAUUCACUCAGCCUCUCUAUCCUGGGUUUAGAGUUUAUGGAUCAGUGAAACUGUGUGAUAUUACUAAAUAGAUGAUACAUUCAUACAGUCAUAUAGUCUACUACAGUCUACUACAGCAUGUGAUAUUAUUAAUAAAAAUAUAAGUAUAUAUCUUAUUAAUCCAAUAGAUGCUGUAAUGUAAGUGUGAAAGAAUAACGACAAUGAAUAAUCUUACUUGUAACCAAGGGGACAAAUAAUAUUCAUACUGUCACUGUAUGCUGUAAAUAAAACAAUUAGAAAACCAAA